CAUUGUAAUGGGCGUGGUCUCCGCAUCAUCACAGCGCUGCAGCUUCACAAAGAGGAGAAGAAGAAAAGGAGCAGAAGAAGGAGAAGAAGAAAAAGAAUCAUAACCGUCCGCCGCUACAUAUUGUCUCCACCAAUCAGAAAGCAGCAGCUGCCUUCAUGGAGGUGAAGCUGAGCGCAGAACCGACGGAGCCGAGUAUGUCGCCCAGAUGACGACAGAUGACACUAUGCUGACAUAACAGCGAAUGAUUGGUCAACGACACAUCCUCCCUCCUCCCCACCUGCCGCCACCCGCUCGCCAUCCGUCCAGACAUGUUGUUGAGAAGGAAGCUGUGCGUUGUCGUGGUGAUCGCUGCCAUCCUCUUCCUCAUGCUCGCCAGUCAGAGCAUCCAGAGGAGACACUUCCUCCCAGUGUCGGCCAACAGCCGGGCCACGCCCACCGACAGGGGCUCAGUGGUCGCAGCCACAGCACCUCCUGCUGUCCAGAACAAAAAACUGACCCUCCCUCCCCCUAUCACCACCCGGUUUGAGGCCCAGGAGAAGAAGGAGGUUAAGGAGGAGAAGUCCCAGUACGCCCAGAGGCCCUGCAGUUGUCUUGAGUCCUGCAUCUCAGACCUGGAUGGGUCGGACUGGUUCAGCCAGAGAUACGACCCAGAACAGCAGCCGAUCCUCCGAGAGACCAACAACAACUUUGACCCUGCUGCUCUGAAAUGGUGGCUGGCUCUUCAGCGAUCCAGCAAAGACCAGACUUUAGAGAGCGUGAUGUCAGAGAUGUUCCAGGUCAUUUCCCCACCCACUAUGGACUUCAAGCCCCUCCCCUCCAAAUGCCGUAGUUGUGCGGUGGUCGGCAACUCUGGCAACCUGCGGCAGUCUGGAAACGGCAACUUGAUCGAUUCUCACGACUCCGUGAUCCGGAUGAACAAAGCGGUGACUCGAGGGUUUGAGAAGGAUGUCGGGAAUCGGACAACACAUCACUUCCUGUACCCGGAGAGCGCGGUGGACGUGGGCCACGGCGUCAGCCUCGUCCUGCUGCCGUUCAAACUCAGAGACUUGGAGUGGCUGACCAGCGCUCUGUCCACCGGCCAGGUCAAAAUGACCUACAUGAGGGUGAGAGACCGAGUGCAGGCCGAUAAAGACAAGGUUCUGGUGGUGAACCCGGUGUUCUUUAAGUACGUUCACGAUCAGUGGACGGAGCAUCACGGUCGCUACCCGUCCACCGGCAUGCUGGCCAUCAUCUUCGCUCUGCACAUCUGCGACCAGGUGUCUGUGUUCGGUUAUGGUGCCGACAAACUGGGGAACUGGCAUCACUACUGGGAGGAGAAUCGCUACGCCGGAGCCUUCAGGAAAACCGGCGUCCACAGCGCCGACUUUGAGACGGAGGUAAUCCACCGACUCGCCAAGGAUGGCAAGAUCAGCCUCCACCUGUGACAAAACCACUGACCUGCUGACUGACUGCAGACCAUCGAUCUGCUGACUGACGGACGGACUUAUAGACCAGCCAACCAGGAGUCCGGCUGUCGUCUGACACUAAACCAAAUCUGAGCCAGCUCUGGACCCUGUAUGCCUUAUUUUUGGGGGAUGUGGACCUAAUCAGACCCCUGUACUUCUUCUAUAUCAAUCACUAUGUCUGCCUUAAGUCAGACAUCCACACAUGCUGGAUCGAGGAUGCUGUUUGGCCGAGAUGUUUUAAAUACCUGGAUUACCAGUGGAGGCAGCUGUGGAGCUGAACAUUCUAUGUAGGAUCAGAUUUCCUCCUCUGCACGCUUCACUUGAGUGUUUUUCCGGACCUCGACCGACCGUCCUGCCGUCUGCGACUGCUGGGAUCGACCACAACAACCUUAGCUCUGAGCGGGAAACAACCACAGACUUUUUCUAUCUUUUUAUCUGAUUUUAUAGGCAUUUUACAGGGAUAACCUCUUUAUUUUUAUUAAAGCACUUUGUCCUGAAGAAGAAAUGGUGGGAAGAUGCCAUAUUGUUACUUCGCUGUCCAACCAUGUUAAGACUUCUUGCAUUUCAUAUUGUUUGUAAUCCAUCCAUUUAUUUCAGCUGAACCUUAUCCGUCCUGAUUGAGAGGAUUCUGACAGACUGGAAUCAGGACGUUUUUCUUUCGCGUCUAUUUUUGGAAGCCAGUGAUGCUUCCUGUCGACCAUAUAUGGACCUGGAGGAUAAGUGGGAGGAGGCUGUGUUUGGUUCUCGGCCUGUGUUUGAGUGUUUCUGUGAUGAUUCAACAGUCUGCACUUGGGAUGAUUAUCUGUUAAUUGAUUAAUAGGUAUUCAUUACUUAAGAGAUUAAAAUAAAUGAAACAAUAAUGUA